AUGUUUCACAAUACGUUUCAAAGUGGUUUACUUUCCGUGCUCUACAGUGUGGGAAGCAACCCGUUACAGCUUUGGGAUAAGCAGGUCAAAAACGGACACAUAAAGCGAGUUACGGACGAUGAAAUUCAAUCUCUUAUUAUUGAAGUUAUGGGUGCCAACGUUAGUACUUCAUAUAUUUCGUGUCCUCAUGAUCCGAGAAAGACGCUUGGUAUAAAAUUACCAUAUUUUGUGAUGAUAGUGAAAAAUAUGAAGAAAUACUUCACAUUUGAAGUUCAGAUUCUCGACGACAAAGGUGUAAAGCGACGUUUCCGCGCUUCAAACUACCAAUCAAGUACACGAGUUAAGCCGUUCAUUUGUACAAUGCCUAUGAGGCUAGAUGAAAGUUGGAACCAAAUCCAGUUUAACCUCGCCGAUUUCACGAAACGAGCGUAUGGGACGAAUUAUGUGGAAACUUUGCGUAUACAGGUCCAUGCCAACUGUCGGCUACGUCGUAUCUAUUUUGCUGAUCGAUUAUAUAGCGAGGAUGAAUUACCUGCUGAAUUCAAACUCUAUCUUCCCAUUCGAGGACGAACGACAGCACCGACCAGCUUGACUGCCUGA